UGGGUGAGGUGGUACGUUGAAUGUCGCUCGCGAUGACUGUCUUUUGCGUUCCACCGGUACCCAACUGUUGCCACUUUCCAAACGCGGUGUGCAGCUGUGCAAGAAUCAGUUGUAAUGUAUGCCUUUAUAGAGCAGUGCCUUUUUUAUUCUGAGUUUAAUUGUGAUAAUUAUUUAUCAAAAUGCCGUUAAUCAAACGUCAAAUAUAUCCUAUUUAUUUGUCGCGGAGGAGGGAUGAUGACCUGACAGAUCUUUCACUUGAAGACGCGGCUUCAAAUGAGGUUCAAACCUCUCGCUCGUACGACGACUACAACCUUACGGCCGUAUCAAAUACAACACUAUGCGGUGCAUUGCAACAACUCGGAUGUCUAUUAUCUGCUGCUAAAGAUAUUUCCACAGAAUUGCAAGUAGAAUUCGAUGAUCUGGUUGGUCGGGCGGUUCGACUUUCUUCCAGACUUGCUAAGCUAACGGACAAAGUGGAAGCCUUUAACCCGAGAGAUGUUCCCAUCCCUGAAGGCGACCUACGAAGUUUCAGUAAGCGCACUUCUUUUUUCCGAUCGAACCAUUCAACGACCUUAUCUCAACCUUCACCACCACUCUUGGCCGCGUCCUCAUCACAUCACACCUGUGGACCACCAAGCACCACUUCCACUAGUGGUGUUAGCGUUACACCUGGUGUCAGUAGGAGUGUCAACACGAGUGUCGAAGAAUCCAUUCACGACGUCACUAGCAGCAGCAUUGGCGGUGACGAUGGUUUCUCCCGUUUGCAUUUGGUCACCAACACGAACAGCAUCGAUCGAAAACUUUUCUUCAAGAACAAAAAGAAAAAGAGUACGAAAGUUUCACGGCCUUUGUUCCCAUAUUCACACGUACACCCGCAACCACCACAUUUACACAACACAAGUAACGCCGGCAGCAGCACCACUCUUCAGAGCUGUACUCUGAAUACCACCCUGAAUCAUUCGAGCAUCACCUUGAACGUCACCACCAACACCACACUCAACACCAUCGCUGCCAUUAACAACAUCAAUAUUUCAAAUUCUAUUUUCGGGGCUCCGACUGGGGCUUUGUUCACCAAGACAUCCAGGCCUCCUGACAUCGAGAGGCUCUACCUGCAUGCUGGCGACACUCCUCUGCAUUUCAUGCGCUCUAUGGGCCUUAGGAGGAACGACGGCGUGCGCAGCUCUCGGUACUAUACCUGUGAGCCUGUCAUGGGUGACUCGCUUAAACGAGAGCGCUACAAGAAACUCAACCUCGACAUCGAGACCAGGCGGCCUGCCAGCUUCGAUGCUCUGCGGGACUGGUGCUCCGACGACGACAGCUUAGGAGGCCACGAAGACCUCUCACUCUAUCCUGUGUCUCCCUCUGCACCUCCACGGCCUCGCAUAUUCUUAAAUAAAACUUCACCACCCACUAAUUCACCGCCGUUACCUUCAACUUCACAAGCUUCGUCUACUUCACAACCUUCAUCUACUUCACAACCCGUUUCCAAUUCUCAGCCACCUCCCAUUUCACAACCUGAAUCGUCAGUUUUAGAACCUCCUUCUGGACCAAUCACCGAUGCUCCAUCUUCAAGCGAUCAACCCUCAACAGCCGCUCAACCUGAAUGUUUAGCCACUGACCAGGUUGACACAACCCACACUUCGGUUGACAGGGUUGAAGAUCAUUCAAAUGACCCGGUUGCAACCCCGGUGUUGCGUAGGAAGCUACCACGACCGGAGCAGUUGUGUCGCGCUCUCUGCAACAGAUACCCGCCAGUUGUUGUACCCAUCGACGUCUCGGGCAAUGGGUAUCGCCGCUUGCAGCAACAACGGCAGCCACUCAUAGAGGUUGAGUUUGUGCGUAGCCGCGCAAGCAGCUCCCGACGGCGUCGCCGUAAGCAGCUGCGUCGGCGCAACACAAUCGCCGACGCGCGAGACGCCGCGUCGCUAGCCGGCCCCAGCGGCAGCGCAGCGACCGCGGGCACCCGCGUGGCCCGCUGCUCCAGCCUCGCCACCCGCACGCGCGCCUCCACCAGGCAGGAUAAACUUGCUGCACUGCACCUGCCUUCUGCUACGAGUGGUAGAGGGGCCUCCUCUUCGCCAUCUGAGGGCUGCUACUCAACAGACGGCCCCUCUUUUGACCCCUCGUACGACACCUCGGAACCUUCGGACUAUUGCGUUCCUGCUGCCAAGAAACCGACCAAGCCCUCGUUGACCCUGGGUGUGGCCGUGGCACUCCCCACCCCUCCUCCCCAGCAUGCCUUCACCCCCCACCGCCGCCUCCCCGCCCGCAGCAACACCUUCAGGGACAACAACGACGACAAUGAAGGUAUUACGACUGUAGUCUUACAUGCCCAACCCGCCACACAAACUGAGCCCCACUCUGACCAACUCGUUCCUCCUGGACGCAACCGACGAGCGACACACACCACCACCUCCCCCGGCCGGCGCUGCGGCGGCACUGAAGCUCUUGCGGUUGAGGCAUCCAAGACCUGCGCUCACGCAGCCAAGCAACGGCCGAAAUUUAGUGACGGAGACGGUGGAUCUAGAGACGAAGGCGCGCGUUCGUCCUCCGGUAACUGGUCUGCAUCGUCGAGCGCCCGCACGUCUCUCGACCUCGACGUGCAUGAGAGCCUCGUCGAGAGAAACCUGAAGCAGUCUCUGUUCGAGACCGCUGACUGGGCCUAUAGAAACCUCGGUAGUCUCGAAACCGAGGGUCUCGAUGUUCUCGGUCUGCAGCUGAUCUCGGAACAUGAGGACACCAACCGAAAUGUGGUAGAAUUUUUAAUUAAUGAUGACAAUGGGAAUGUUUUAGAUAGGCAAGAUUGUAGCGAAAAUCCUACGGUCUCGCUAGAAAAUAACGCAUUAGAUAACGAAACCGCAUUGAACUCUCGGGUGUCUGUAUCGCAACAAGAAAACAGUUGUGACGCAACUCAAACGCAAAACCAAUCACCAGAAAACCAAUCACCAGAAAACCAACCGCCUGAAAACCAAUCACCUGAAAACCAAUCACCUGAAAACCAAUCACCAGAAAACCAAUCACCAGAAGACCAAUCACAAGAAAGUCAAUCUUCUGAAGACCAAUUUCCAGAAGACCGAUCGCCAAAAGACCAAUCGACCGACAACACAAAACUCGAUCAAAAGGACACUGCGCCAGGUCCUGAUGGAGAGAGCAGCCCUCGUUCCCUGACGCCUCCAGGGAAGGACUCUCCCUCGACAUCCUCUGAUCCUGAGCCUGGGAAUCCUUCCGAGUCAACUGCGCCGCAAUCUUCUCCAUCGAGCCACCAACGCAGCACCUCUUGUACUACCGACGACCUGCCCUCGACCUCCUCCUUCACCAGCGAUGGCACUCUGACCCCGACCCAGGAUAUUCAGGAUAUCCAGGACAUUCCUUUCUUUGAUGACGACACAAGUUCGGCUUAUUCCUGCGAUACCGAGGGUUAUUACACUUCCUUCCACAUAGACAGUGGCCUCCGCAACGCCUGUAGUUACGAAGAAACUAACAAGCUGGCGCACAGCGGCAGUGAAUCUGAACUGCCUGGGGGAGGUUUAGGUGCUGGUGGUGGCAGUCGAAGUGCGUCCGGUAGCAUCGCCGGUAGCAUCAGCAACAGUUCCGCUGCGAGUCUCGGUACCGUCAUCAUGCGGAACCCUGAGAAGAAAACUCCCCCUAAACCCCCACAGCGUGUCAGCUCCCUGGACAGAAAAAGCAGCUCUGCCAGCAACAGAGAAAGCAUCAUUACCGUCAUCCACGUGAAUGGGUCCGCGGGGUCUUCUCGAGAGGACUUGGUUGCCAGCAGCGGGUCUGAGGCUGCAGACAGUGGCCGAGAGACUUCCAGUAGUGCAACGGAACCCUCCACUAGUUCCCCAGCAGGGCCGGCAGAGGAUAUUGCUACUGGAGAUGACCGAAAAGACAGCUUUAGGUCCAAGACUGCGAUCAACGCUAGCGGUAUUCCGUCUAUGUGCGUUAUUACGCCUCCUAUUAGCGAUGACGAGAGCGUUAGAUCUGCGGCAGGGUCCAAAGACUCGGGUAGUUCUAACGGGGACGACCCAGCUCUUGGGUCGGUGGCCGCUAAAGCGAUGCUUUUCCAGGGCGGAGCGGUGGGUGCUGGUAGCGGCAGUGUACGGCAAGUUCCCCGUAUUGAGACGUCCAAGGCAUCUCCCAGAACUGACCCACAGCAAACGUCGGCCUCUGAGUCCGCCGGGACUCCACAGUCUUCAUCAGCAUCAAAUAAAGCACCUGUAAAAACCUUGUUCCAUUCCGCGUCUGUUGACUACGCAGUGAAUGUCCGACCAUCAGCCAUAAAACAGUCUGAUUUAACACGGCGUUUGUCAGGGGAUGUUGCACAAAUGGCCCCUAUUCCGGUCGUUCAACCUCCUCCUGUGAUUCCUCAGCAGCGGAUACAAAAAGUUCCCCCACCUCCUCCGCCUAGAGAAGACUCAAUUGAAAAUUCGAGCGGCAGAAGAAUUGCAUCUGACACCACUUCGACGGCACCAACAGCGUCACCUCGCUACGCUCUGCAACAACAACAACAGCAGAUCCACAUGCCCAGCACUAAAAAUACGGAUGAAAUCCAGCCCUUCAGCGCAGUUCCUUCAAGUCUCAAGCAAAACCUAGUCAUCACUCCAACAAAUUCACUGGAACGGAAGAGACUGAAAGCGACUGCUGGGGCCCACGUCACUUUAGACUCCGAAGGUAAAGUGGUUUACUCUUCAGACAGUUUACCGAGAACUCAGAAGCACUAUACAGGACCCGAGAGUUACGGUACAUUACCUGCUGGUGUAGGAGCGGGAGGAGGAACCUUAACAUCUGCAAUUAGCAGCAUUCAACAAAUGCCAUUACCUCCACCCCCACUAGAGGAUGCUCCUGCCAUACCGGAGUUACCUGCGCAGGUCACAAACGCUACGAACAGCUCAGCAGCCGCCCUGCAGCAGCACCAGCAGCACAUACAGCAGCAGCUGCUUCAACAACAGCAGCAAGUCAUGCGUCAAGAACAGGAUGAAAAACUGCAACGUCAGCGGCAAGAAGAGUUGUUGCUGCAGCGGGCCGUGCAGCAACAGAUCGACCAAAGCAAACAAGAGGUGAUACAGCAGCAGUCAGCUUUGAAACAGCAGCAUCAGGAACUGCAGCAGCAGCUUCACGAGACGAGACUCGAGCUGCAGCGGCAGCAGCAGGAGCAGCAGCAGAAGCUGCAGGCUCUGCGGGAGCGACAGGCAUAUCUGCAGUCCAAAACUCCAUCGAAAACUACGGCUGCUGUUCAGCCAGAUAAGAAAUUGACGAAGCAGCAGCAAAAAGAACAAAGUAGCAAAGAGGCAAAACAAAAACAGGAGCAGCAGCGUUUACAGCUGCAACAACAGCAAACGCAGCAGCAGCUUAUUAUUGAACAACAGAAGCAACAGCAGUUAGCCGAACAGCAACAGCAGCUACAGAUACAGAAGCAGCAGCAACAGCAGCAGCUUCAGUAUCAGCAACAGCAGAUACUACAGCAGCAGCAACAGUAUCAGCUACAACAGCAGCAGCACGGUAUUUACGGUACCAGGCAAGACCCUUACCUCUUCCCCUCAAUGCCCCAAAACAACGCGCCGUCUCAAAUUCCCCCUAUCGUUCCUCCUCCUCCCCCUGCUGAUCCCCGUCAGCUCUCUGAUGUCAUGGGUCCUCCUCAGCCUUCUGGGGCUCUUGGGGGAGUUAUAUUACCUUCCACGGGCGCACCCAUGUCCCCACGCACCCAAAGAGCUGGGGCUUAUGUCCAUGUUCAAGGUGGGGAACAGGUGAACCAACUACAGAACUCUCAGUAUCCAGCUCGACCUCACAGCGCCCAGGGGAUGUAUUCUCCCCAACAACAGGGAAGUGGAGCCCCAGGUCCAACAUCUCGGGCGCCAACCCCAAUACAAGGGGCGGUAACAUCUUCGCCUCGUCACUCCCCUUUCAUCCCUGCGAACACUCCUCAGCAACUGCAGCAACAACUUCUGCAACAGCAGCAGCAGCAAUAUGCCUUGCAGCAGCUGCAUGGAUCACAAGGCGCCAUGUACGGUUCGCAACGCAGCCUUCAGAACUUCGGCGUUGUCAACGACACAGCGAGCGGCUUCCCCUUACCCAGCCAGGGUAUGAUCCAGCACCCACGUCUCCCCACCACGGCCCCACCUGGGUACCCAACCCAACCCCUCACCGACAGUGAUAUUUACGGACGAAUUGGCAUGACUCGACAAGUGCAAGUUGGAGGCACACUCCCCUCGGGUUUCGGCCGCCAUCAAAGAGGGUAUACUUCCUUACCUCCCAGUAGACGAGGCCAUAUGCAGUUGCCGGGGGCCGAUGAAGGAAGAGGACCCGAUGGGACCAACGGAAAAGGUGUAUCCCGCCGGGCCAGUGUUGCCGGGGACGCGGGCAGCAGAGGAGGACGAGGAUCUGUUGCUUCAAAUCCAUCAACUCCCGAAAAGUUACUUGAGAAAGAAAAGAAAACGAAGAAGGAAAAGGAUAAGAAGAAGAAAGACUGUAAGGAUAAAGAGAAAGAGAAUAAAGAUACCGGAAAGUCUGAGAAGAGCCCAAAGAAGAAAUGGUUUUGGACUUUACCGCUUCGUCGGAAAAAGAAGAACAAAGAUGAUAAUAAUGAGGAUGAUGAUGGCGGAUUCAAAGCUGCGUCCGAAAAAGGGACUCGCAAGCUUGUUCCUCCCCAGAACUCGAGUUUCAUGCGCUACCCUUCACCCGACACCGCUUCUUCCGAUCUCAACUCGUCGCACUCCAGCGACAUGUCCUCCAUAGAGCACAGUAGCUACCGCAGCAGCCCUUCUUCCGAAGUUAAUUAUUACAGCCAACGCGCGCAGUACCUGCACCAGCAGCAGCAAGCUCACCAACAACAUCUGCUGCAGCUGCAACACCAACAGCACCAACAGUUGUUGCAGCAGCAGAUGCAAGCCCAGCAUCAACAUCAGCUUCUCCAGCAUCAGCAGCAGCAGCAGCAGCAGUUGGGUGCUACUGGUAAUCUUAGGUCUCUUCCAACGACGCCGGUUUCUUCCCCAGACGCUCAAGGUUCUUUUGUGAGCUCAUCACCCCUCACGAUGAAUUCUGACGUCACUGAUCUCACAACUGACAUGUCGAGAUCUCGGCAGUAUAUGAGCCGCGACCAAAUGUAUUCUGCGAUGCGGCAUCCACAGUAUUACAAUUAUAACCGGCACUCGUAUGCUGGUUCGGCCACACAGGCUUCAGCAGCAGACGAAGCCAAUAACAAUAGCAACAAUAAUCCGUCGUCAAGCCGUAGUACUUCUCCUGCUGUUUUUGGCAUUAGUCCCUUGCCCUCUAAUACGGUGAGACCUCAGGUCCGGGAGAGGGUAGGCCAUCACGACGAUUACGUUGGUAGAGAGUCACAAGACACUCCAAUUCCGUUUAUUUUUAAAGAGAAUGGCUUCGAAGACCUCAAGUUUUGUAAAGUUGAUCCCCCGGAAGGCUAUGGAGCAUCAGAUCUCGGAUCUUUAUCUUCUGAUUGUGAGGAUAACGACCAGGAGAACGGUACCUCUUCCAGCUCUACCGCCACCACGACCUCUGCACAGUCAAGUUCAAAACCGUUCUCUAAGCAGACGACGCUAUUUGACUUCAAGAAGAUGAUUUUGCAGCAGAGCAUGAACACAGCUGGUGGCAAGGAGAGGAUCUCAGCAGUAGAAAUGCUUAAAGCCUCACGACCAAGUAUUUAUGGUUACGCUCCCCCUCCCGCUCCGAUCAUCAAGCUUCCUCAGCACAAAGACUUCCAGCAGAACAUGGCUUCCAGUAAAUCACAAAGCAAAACCACCAUCGAGGGGGUGAUAAUGCCGCCUACUUCCAGGAACACAGCUCGAGCUUUGCUCUUCCAAAGCCGAUUUGGAAGCGGCCGCCGAUAUCGCGCCUCUAAAACAGAGAUCAUUAGUACUACCAUUCUUGAGGACCAUGGCGGUGAGAUCUCCGAAGAAGCAGACAUGGAGGAAUCAGAAGAGGAAGAAGAUGACGAUGAGGAGGAGAGCAGCGUUUGUGGAGCUGGGAAACGAGGACUGCGAGGUCCGAUAACCCGUACACUUAGUGAAUCUGACAGCGGAUUAAUAGGUUCUUUGGGUACCCCUAGCUCUUCACCCAGCAAAAUUCGCAGUAACGUACCACACUCCACACCCAACCCGAGUAAGACGGGUUCCGUACCUCCCCCGUCAUUAGCCGAUGUAUCCCGCAUUAGAGAUGUAGGGGGAGAAACUCCUCCAUCUAAGAACGGAGUGAAGGCUGAUAAUGGCACAAACUCUUCUCCAGAGGAGUCCAUGGAGACGGCCCUCUGACACCAGUUGAAAUCUAGUCCUCCCAAAUAAGUGGACCGCGUCGGCCGCUUGCCAGUGACCGAUGUAGUUCUUUUUGCUCACCGCCUACAAUAAUGAUAAAUGUGCGUGUUGGUGCGGUAUCAACAUACUACGUUACUCAAUAAUAGAAUUACUCUUAAGUAAUAGACUUGCUGAUAAAUAUAUCGAUGCUCUGUGAGAUAAAUCAGCGGCGUUGCUUGCGCUUGCAGUAGAUGUGUUGCGGAGUACGAAGUUCUUUGGUGGGCGGAAAUAGAAUUUGAUAAAAAAUGUUCUAGGUAAUUUCUGUACGUCGACUGCUUUACUGAAGUCAUUGGUAGCGGUGUAAGGUUGAAUGUAUUUGUAAAUUGUUUGAGAAGCUUUUGUGCUGCAGAUCUCACGGCCUGUACCAGCCGCUGGCUUCUAUUCUGCUAAGAUAUCAUCGCUUAUAACGGCUCAUACGCAAACAUUUUUUUAGCGCAUAUAUAAUUUUUAUAUGAACAUUUUCUCAUUCUUCGACUUUUUAUAGAGACGCACUCAUUAGGUUUGGAUAAGAGUUCCUAACUUUAUUGUUUUCAUGUGAAAGUGAACGUAUAUUGAAUUACUGGAAUCAUGUUAGCUUAA